UUUUCUUGUUCCCAACCCGCUGUUUAUAAAUCCUCCCCCUCCCCAUCUGCGAGGAACCCUAGAGGAGGCGCACCCGGCGGCUGGAGCUACAGAGCUCGAACUCUUGCGCUGCCGCCACCUCCGAUCCGCAGCCAUGACCUUCAAGCGUCGGAACGGCGGCCGCAACAAGCACGGCCGCGGCCACGUCAAGUACAUCCGCUGCUCCAACUGCGCCAAGUGCUGCCCCAAGGACAAGGCGAUCAAGAGGUUCCAGGUGAGGAACAUCGUGGAGCAGGCCGCCAUCAGGGAUGUCCAGGAGGCGUGCGUCCACGAUGGGUACGUCCUCCCCAAGCUGUACGCCAAGGUGCACCACUGCGUCUCAUGCGCCAUCCACGCUCACAUCGUCCGCGUCCGAUCCCGGGAGGCCCGCAGGGACCGCAAGCCGCCAGAGCGCUUCAGGCGCAGGGAGGAAAGGCCGGCUGGGCAAGGCCCCCGUCCUGGUCCUGGUCCUGCUGGUGCUGCUCCGGCACCAAACGUCGCUCGUCCAUAGUUUAUCUGCUCAGCUCUCGAGUCCUUGACAAUGUGAAGUCUGGCCUGUUGGUAGCUAUGAAUCUCUUAUUCAUGAUCAUUGUCAGUUAAGGGAGUGUGAAGUUUUCUGGUGGAAGGGGAAGUAGGAAUAUUCGUAAGAGAGUAGCGUCUCAUUUUGGUGCCAUUUCUACUUUUGCGCUUUUGCUGAAGAGGUUCCAAAACACUGAUGAAUUCUACCUAUGAUGAUUUUACUUCUCUGA